AUGGUUAAAGAUCAAGAUAAAGAUGAGCGAGCAGCAUUUAACAGUUUCAUAUUCAAUACGACGAAUGAAGUAUUGAAUUCAAUAUCAAUAGUUUCAGCAUGUUUUGUAGUCUGUACGAUAUCGUAUUUAAGGAUCAAUCGAAAAUCGUUGGCAAAUCGAGUAUCAUUCCGUCUACAAGCUUACGUUUCAAUGACUGAUUUGUUGUUUUCGGCUUUUCAGAUUAUGAUGGUGAAUUCUUCUCCACCUGGUAACUGGGUAUGUCAUGUGGCACCUUGGGGAUUUGUUUUCACAUCAUUGCUCAGCCUUUUCCUAACGGUAGCCUUGACGUUCAAUUUACAAAUCAUCUUUGUACAUAAUUAUAUGCAUACAAAAAAAUUCGAAAAAUAUUAUGUUAUGAUCCCUUUUUUUUCAUCAUUUAUUUUGAGUAUUUUGCCAGUUCUAUUUGACGCACUCGGAUUUGAUGAGAAAGAAAUUAGUUGUUGGUAUAAACAUGGAAAUACGACGAAUUCAGUUAUAUGGCAAUGGACAACAUUACAUGGAUGGAUCAUUCUCUCCAUAGGUUAUUGUAUAACAUCUGUACUCCUGAUUAUAUAUCGACUUCGUACGGUGAAUAACCAAUCUUAUAUCUCGAAUGACAUAAUGUCAACCGACACGAAUAAACGUUUCUCUCAAUCGCGGAUUAGACAGCAAUUGCUCAUCAAUCGGGCAGUACAACGAAUAGUUUUAUAUCCUAUAAUACCCAUUAUUUGUUUUUCUUUUAAUAUUAUCGCGACUUUAGUAUUUUAUAUCAGACAAGAGAAUUAUUUUCCAGUGCAAAUGGCAUCAAAUGUUGGAACGAGCUCACAAGGAACUUUAAACGCUUUGGUGUUCUGUUUUGAUCCGAUCAUGAAACACGUGUGGACGGAAAUAGCUGAGAAAUGGUUUAAAGUUGAUGAUAAGGUCGUGAAAAAAAGUGGUGGUGAAAGUGGUGAAGGUGGUGAAGGGGAACCAGAGUCAAGAUAUGGUUAUGACAUUGUAACACUUUUGUAA